AUAUUCUGCUUCUUCUGAUUAUGCAUAUUUUGUGAUUUUAGAUUUUCAUUCUUCUGGUGAUAAAAACUAUUAUGAUGAUGGUGUUGAGAGCUCUGGAAUUCAAAUGCAAGACGUAAUUCCUCAUUAUAUUCACUUAAGUGUAGUCUAUCUAAAAAUUUAG